AUGUGGAGUAAGUUCAGCAUCUCCCUCUUAAUAUUUGGGUUAAUUCAUCAAGUCAAAUGUAUAGAUACACCAUACUCAGACAUGUACCUUCCAGAUGGAGCCGAUGGCUUCGUAUGUGAAAAUAUUUUUUUUUCGAUCGAGUAUGCACGGCAAGCAACAAAUAAAAUGAUUGACACAUUUUUCUAUGAAAAAUAUUUCCAAAGAUUUCCGAAAUUAUUUGAAGAUACACGUCUCUUUAAUGUAAGAUCAGACAUUCUUCUCUCGUGGCCUGCUAAGCCCAAUGAGAAUUUUUUUACUUGUGGUAAUCCAGGGAAAUUUCGCCUCAUCAGCAAUAUUAGAGGUCAAAUCAUGGGUAUGGUGAUUAUCAACUCCAAGCAGCACAAUAACGAAGUCAGUUUCGGGAAAUGUAAACCAGUACGCAGCUCUAAUAUCGAGGGAAAUACCGAAGGAAAUAUCGAAAGUAGACUUUUGGAUGAAUAUUGGAGUCUAGCCUAUCCUAGAUUUGGCUAUAAAUGUGGCUCCAAAUAUUUUCCGCUAUCCAUGAUAAAGAGUGGAAAUGAUAUAGACACAAAUUAUUAUUUUCAAAGCGCACUGGAGGCCAAAGAUAGAGCAAUUUGCUUUGAAGAAUAUCGUGGCGAUCAAUUCAUCGGAGAUGAUCUUCGCCUUUACCCUCUUCAUUAUAGUUCAUCUAGCAAACCUGGUUCUGGCUCGCAAGGUCAUUGUCGUGUUGUUUUUGACAUGAAAAGUCGUCAAUUCAAAGGAAUAAUUAACUUAAAAGACAAGGAAGCGAAAUGUGCAAUCGUAUGGGAUCUAUCAUCGGCUUCAUCCGACACAAUUUAUAGCCCAUUCUCUGUAUUAAACAUGGAGAGAAUGUCAGAAAUGUUUUGGCCCGAAACUUGCUUUGGACAUAGGUUCAAAUACAAAACCAUAUGGCUUUAUAUAGAGUUCGCCUUGAAACAGUGGUCAACGAAUAAGGGUGGGAAAGUAUUCAAUUUUCCCAUCGUAAAAGAGGAUGGAUUACGUUUCUGGCCCGUGAGAACUCCAGAAACCCAUGCCAACAGCCUCAUGAAUGCGUUCGCGAUAGGCCAUGAUACCAAUGUGAAUGUCUACGGUUUGUACCGAGCUGAAGUACGCGAUGGUAUCUUGAGAAAAUUCCAACUAUGUUUAAAUCUUCCUCUCCAUGAUAUUCGCAGGCUACAGAGAAAGGUCAGCCCAGGUACAUCGCUCUAG